GAAAUUUGACUCCAGGGGUUUCAAAAACGAACACCAUCUCGAAUCUCAGCCACAUUGACGUCGAUGGCUAUAUCUGAAAGGAGUGAGAAUUCGAUAUAUUCGGCCCAGAAGAUGGUGGAGAUGGCCCAGGCAGCCGACUGUCAACGCUGAGAAGAUCAUCAUGGCUGAUGGUACUGUCGAGUAUGUUGGCAAGAAUACCGUCGGCGACGAACUCGGCCUCAUGCCUAAUGGCUACUACUUUCAGAGUCCUCAGUUUAUUGAUCCUCUCACUGCGCAGUGUCUAGCAAGUACUUGCGCAUACCUGGGAUGGGUGCUCCCCUCGAAUACUCUGUAUGUGUCUUCAUCUUACCUUCACCCCUGUAUCAGCCCGAACGAUAAUCUACAACAUACAUGAAGGCUGGUGCUGGAUUUACUAUCUGGGCAUCAUUCUGAGUGUAAUCACUCUGGCUCUAUAUCAGUUGCUCUACCACCCUGCGACCUUUUCUCAACUCCACGUGGGAAAGACGAGAACACCACAAACUAAAGAGCUUGAUAGGAUUGGCAUGUUUCUUUUCACCACCGAAUGCGUUCUCUUCUUUGUUGGCCUUUCUUGUGGUGGUACGACAUAUCCUUGGAAGAGUGCUGAGUUUUGCACAUUAGUCAUUAGUAUAAUGGCACUUGUCGGCUUCUUUAUAUAUGAGGCUCAUCUCUGUUCUAGAAACCCCUAAUCACGUCCCGUGUUUUUAAGAACACUAGGUUCAUCGCAGUAGUCACCUAUGCGAUUGUUGCCUCCAUAGCCUACAACUCCUUAACCGCUCUCUAGCCUACAAUUAUCAGCACACUAUACACCGCAUAUUCCAUCAAAGUUGGCUGGCAAAGCUGCGUAAAUAGUGGUGGAGUUGUUCUAGGCCAAGCUAUAUCAGGUCUCGCUAUCGCCUAUAUUCGUCGCCUCAAGAUCCAGUGCAUAUACGCUGCUGCUCUUAUCAUAACUUUCAUCACG